AUGGCUGCUAUGUCCGUUAUAGGUAUUGAUUUCGGCAACGAAUCGUGUUAUAUCGCAGUAGCAAAAGCGGGUGGCAUUGAGACAAUAGCCAAUGAUUACAGUCUUCGGGGUACUCCAUCAUGUGUCGCAUUCUCACCAAAAAACCGAAUAUUGGGAGUAGCUGCAAAAAACCAAAUGGUGACAAAUAUGAAAAACACCGUAUUCGGUUUUAAAAGGCUUCUGGGACGAAAGUUUUCAGAUCCACAUGUACAAAAAGAAUUGAAACACUUCCCAUUUAAAGUUGAACAGAAGGGAGAUGGGGGAAUCGGUAUUAGGGUCAAUUAUCUUGGUGAAGAUAAUGUAUUUAGUCCAGAACAGAUUACUGCAAUGUUGUUUACAAAGUUGAAGGACAUUGCAGCAACUGCAUUACAGACACAGAUCAAUGAUUGUGUUAUUUCCGUACCCAGCUAUUUCACAAAUGCUGAAAGAAAUGCAUUGCUUAAUGCUGCUGCAAUAUCAGGUCUUAAUGUUUUACGUCUUAUGAAUGAAACAACAGCAACUGCUUUGACAUAUGGUAUAUAUAAACAAGAUUUGCCAGCUCCUGAAGAGAAGCCACGAAAUGUUGUUUUUGUUGACUUUGGUUAUACAUCACUCCAGGUCGCAGCUUGUGCUUUUAACAAAGGCAAACUUCGUGUUCUGGCUACUGCUACAGAUGCAUACUGUGGUGGAAGGGACAUUGAUAUGGCAUUGGCAGAAUACUUCUGUCAAGAUUUCUUGACACGAUACAAACUGGAUCCCAAAAAGAAUCAGAGAGCGUUUUUACGGCUACUCCAAGAGGUUGAGAAGUUGAAAAAACAAAUGUCUGCAAAUAGUACCCGCUUACCCCUUAACAUAGAAUGUUUCAUGGAGGAGCGUGAUGUAUCUGGUGAUAUGCAAAGAUCACAGAUGGAACAACUCUGUAGUGAAACUUUUACAAGGGUUGAGAGGACUUUGAGGGCAUUAUUACAUAAUGCAAAGUUGAGACCAGAAGACAUCUAUGCAGUUGAAGUUGUUGGUGGGUCUACAAGAAUUCCUGCAGUAAAAGCCUUAAUUGAACAAGUGUUUGGAAAACAUGCUUCUACUACUCUGAAUCAGGAUGAAUCAGUGGCACGUGGCGCAGCCUUGCAGUGUGCCAUGUUGAGUCCCGCUGUUCGUGUGCGUGAAUUCAACAUUGCCGAUGUCCAGCCAUAUGCCGUGCGCCUUACUUGGGACGCGGCGCGGGGCGAAGACGGCGAUAUGGAGGUCUUUCCAGCAUUCCAUACUGCCCCAUUUUCGAAAAUGUUGACAUUCUACAGAAAGGAACCUUUCUCAGUUAGCGCAUAUUAUUCAGACCAGGUUCCAUAUCCAGACUCUUUCAUUGGUCAAUGGAAUAUCAAAGAUGUUCAACCAACACCAGAAGGAGAAUCACAGAAAGUUAAGCUCAAAGUGAGAGUGAACAUCCAUGGUAUCAUCACAGUGGCCUCCGCAUCUCUUGUUGAGAAGAAGCAGGAUUCUUCUCAAAAUGACAAUGUGGACAUGGAAAAUGUCAGUGAGACCAAUCAGAACAACCAAGAGGCUCCAAUGGACACUAAUGGUGGCACGCAAGAACAUCAACAAAACGGGCCUGAAAACCAAGAGGAAAAUAAUGAUGAUAAAAAGGACAAAUCCAAGGAUAAAUCUAAGAAAGUGCUUGUUAAAACUGUUGAGCUACCAAUAGAUGCACGCACCCAUGGAUAUUCACAGCAUGAAAUUAACUCUUACAUGGAGCAAGAGGGUAAAAUGCAAGCUCAAGACAGACAGGAGAAGGAACGUGCCGAUGCUCGUAAUGCUCUAGAAGAGUAUGUCUAUGAGUUGCGUGGUAAGCUUUCCGAAGGAGAGACACUUCAUGACUUUGUGGCCGAUGAGCAACGUCACCGCCUUGUUAACCAACUUGAUGGGCUUGAACAGUGGCUUUAUGAUGAGGGAGAAGAUCAGAACAGACAGGUAUACAGUGACAAACUGUCUGAAUUGCGAACGGAAGGGGAGCCUAUCAAGCAGCGACGCCUUGAGUAUGAACUUCGACCCGGUGCACUAGACGAUUUUGCCUUAACCAUUCAAUUAACCAAUAAAGCUGUAGAUCAAUACAGGUCUGGUGAUGCUAAGUACUCUCACCUAGCAGAUGCUGAUAUGCAAAAAGUAGUAGAGGCAUCUAAAAAUGCGUUGAAUUGGCUGGAGAAUGCUCGCCAAGCUCUUGCCCACACUCCUCGGUACCAACAGCCUCCUCACACCACUCACCAAAUUCGUCAAGAAAGACAGAACUUUGAAAGUAUUGUCAACCCAAUCUUGAACAAACCUAAGCCUAAGGAAAAAACACCACCUCCAUCAAGCAACACAUCUGGAGACGGCCAGCCUACUCCCAAUCCAGACACGCAAGCACCACCCCAGCCGCAAUCUCAAGAACAAAUGGACGUCGAA